AUGAGCGGCGGCAGCGGGGGCGGCUCCUCGGCACCCGGCCGCUUCGCCGACUACUUCGUGAUCUGCGGGCUGGACACUGAGACCGGGCUGGAGCCGGACGAGCUCUCCGCUUUAUGCCAGUAUAUACAGGCCUCUAAAACCCGAGAUGGUGCCAGCCGUUUCAUUUCAAGUGCAACAGAAGGGGAAAACUUUGAACAGACUCCGUUAAGACGCACAUUCAAAUCCAAAGUUCUUGCUCGCUAUCCUGAGAAUGUUGAAUGGAACCCUUUUGACCAGGAUGCAGUGGGAAUGCUGUGUAUGCCUAAAGGGCUUGCUUUCAAGACACAAGCAGACUCCAGAGAACCUCAGUUCCACUCUUUUAUUAUUACUCGUGAAGAUGGCUCACGGACAUUUGGAUUUUCUCUCACGUUUUUUGAGGAAGUUACUAGCAAACAGAUCUGCAGUGCAAUGCAGACAUUGUAUCAUAUGCACAAUGCUGAAUAUGACAUUCUUCAUACUCCACCCACAAAUGACAAAGAUAGCUGCAGCAGCACUGGAGACUGCAAUGGCACUUCUGUUUCAAAGCUACAGCGUUUUAACUCCUAUGACAUCAGCAGAGACACACUCUAUGUCUCAAAGUGCAUUUGUCUGAUUACUCCAAUGUCUUUCAUGAAAGCUUGUAAGAAAGUACUAGAACAACUUCACCAAGCAGUGACUUCACCUCAGCCGCCACCUCUACCUUUAGAAAGCUACAUCUACAAUAUUCUCUAUGAGGUUCCUCUUCCUCCAGCAGGAAGGUCUUUAAAAUUUUCAGGUGUUUAUGGACCAAUUAUCUGCCAGAGGCCAAGCACCAGUGAACUACCAUUAUUUGAUUUUCCAGUUAAAGAAGUUUUUGAAUUGCUUGGAGUAGAAAAUGUGGUUCAACUCUUUACCUGUGCCCUCUUGGAAUUUCAGAUACUGCUUUAUUCACAGCAUUAUCAGAGACUGAUGACUGUGGCAGAGACCAUCACAGCACUAAUGUUUCCAUUUCAGUGGCAGCAUGUGUAUGUUCCUAUACUUCCAGCAUCCCUCCUUCAUUUUCUAGAUGCUCCUGUCCCUUACCUCAUGGGCUUGCACUCUAAUGGGCUGGAUGACAGAUCUAAGCUGGAACUUCCUCAAGAGGCUAACCUGUGCUUUGUGGAUGUAGACAACCAUUUCAUCGAGCUGCCAGAAGACUUACCCCAGUUCCCAAAUAAACUUGAGUUCAUUCAGGAAAUUUCAGAGAUACUAAUGGCUUUUGGAAUUCCACCUGAGGGAAACCUUCACUGCAGUGAAAGUGCCUCCAAGAUGAAGAGCCUCAGAGCAUGUGACCUGGUUUCUGAUAAAAGAAAUGGGAACAUAGCAGGAUCACCUUUGAAUUCCUAUGAACUGCUAAAGGAAAAUGAGACUAUUGCAAGACUCCAAGCACUUGUUAAAAGAACAGGUGUGAGUCUAGAAAAGUUGGAGGUGCGAGAGGAGACCAGUAGCAAAAAGGAUCUUAAAAUUCAGUGUGAUGAAGAAGAAUUCAAGAUUUACCAGCUGAACAUUCAAAUCCGUGAAGUUUUUGCCAACCGCUUUACACAAAUGUUUGCAGAUUAUGAAGUAUUUGUCAUUCAACCCAGUCAGGACAAGGAAUCUUGGUUUACAAACAGGGAACAGAUGCAAAACUUUGAUAAAGCAUCUUUCUUGUCAGACCAGCCUGAACCUUACUUGCCUUUCCUUUCGAGAUUCCUGGAAACCCAAAUGUUUGCAUCUUUUAUUGACAAUAAGAUUAUGUGCCAUGAUGAAGAUGAUAAAGACCCUGUUCUGAGAGUAUUUGAUUCUAGAGUGGAUAAAAUUAGGCUGCUAAAUGUCAGGACACCAACUCUGCGCACAUCUAUGUAUCAAAAGUGCACAACCAUUGAUGAGGCUGAGAAAUCUAUUGAAUUAAGGCUAGCAAAAAUAGAUCACACUGCAGUCCACCCACACUUGCUGGACAUGAAAAUUGGACAAGGGAAAUACGAGCUUGGAUUUUUUCCUAAGCUUCAGUCUGAUGUUUUAUCCACUGGACCAGCAAGCAAUAAGUGGACAAAGAGAAAUGCUCCUGCACAGUGGAGGCGGAAGGACAGACAGAAGCAACACACAGAGCACCUGCGUCUUGACAAUGAUCAGAGAGAGAAGUAUAUCCAAGAAGCCAGGAAUCUGGGCAGCACUAUUCGGCAGCCCAAACUGUCUAACCUCUCUCCAUCGGUAAUUGCACAAACAAACUGGAAGUUUGUAGAAGGCUUGUUGAAGGAAUGCCGAAAUAAGACCAAGAGGAUGUUGGUUGAAAAAAUGGGUCGAGAAGCUGUGGAGCUAGGUCAUGGUGAAGUGAAUAUCACAGGUGUAGAAGAGAACACCCUGAUAGCCAGUCUGUGUGACCUCUUAGAAAGGAUAUGGAGCCACGGGCUGCAAGUCAAACAGGGAAAAUCUGCUUUGUGGUCUCAUCUGUUACACUAUCUAGAAAACAGACAGAGAAAAACUACAUCAGGCAGCUUCAGUACCUCAGGAAUACUUCUCGAUUCAGAAAGGAGAAAGUCUGAUACCAGUCCAGCCAUGUCACCUCUUAGAAUCUCUCUCAUCCAGGAUAUGAGGCAUAUCCAGAACAUUAGCGAAAUCAAAACAGAUGUUGGCAAGGCCAGAGCCUGGGUUCGUCUCUCUAUGGAAAAGAAGUUGCUCUCUAGGCAUCUAAAACAGCUGCUUUCAGAUCAUGAACUCACAAAAAAACUCUACAAGCGUUAUGCAUUCCUCCGCUGUGAUGAUGAGAAAGAACAAUUCUUAUAUCAUCUCCUGUCAUUCAAUGCUGUUGAUUACUUUUGCUUUACCAAUGUUUUCACAACAAUCUUGAUACCAUACCAUAUAUUGAUUGUUCCUAGCAAGAAACUUGGUGGCUCAAUGUUUACAGCCAAUCCUUGGAUCUGUAUCUCAGGGGAACUGGGUGAAACAGGAGUCCUGCAGAUUCCCAGGAAUAUAUUAGAAAUGACUUUUGAGUGCCAGAACCUGGGAAAACUGACCACAGUGCAAAUAGGACAUGAUAAUUCAGGGCUGUAUGCCAAGUGGCUAGUGGAAUAUGUUAUGGUCAGAAAUGAAAUAACAGGGCAUACUUACAAGUUUCCCUGUGGAAGGUGGCUUGGAAAGGGAAUGGAUGAUGGCAGCUUAGAGAGGAUCCUGGUGGGAGAGUUGCUGACUUCCCACGCUGAGGUUGAUGAGCGGCAGUGCCGAACACCUCCUCUGCAGCAGUCACCAAGCAUGAUCAGAAGAUUUGUCACUAUAUCGCCAAACAAUAAGCCAAAGUUAAAUACUGGUCAGAUACAAGAAGCUAUUGGUGAAGCUGUCAAUGGUAUUGUCAAGCAUUUCCACAAGCCAGAGAAGGAGAGAGGCAGUCUGACGCUAUUGCUGUGUGGAGAAAGUGGACUUGUUUCAGCUCUUGAGCAAGUGUUUCAGCAUGGAUUUAAAUCACCAAGACUCUUCAAAAACGUCUUUAUUUGGGACUUCUUAGAAAAAGCACAAACAUACUAUGAGACCCUUGAGCAGAAUGAAAUGGUCCCAGAAGAGAACUGGCAGACAAGGGCCAGGAAUUUCUGUCGCUUUGUCACUGCUAUCAACAACACCCCUAGAAACAUUGGGAAGGAUGGCAAGUUUCAGAUGCUGGUGUGUCUUGGAGCCAGAGACCACCUUUUGCAUCACUGGAUCGCCCUGCUCGCAGACUGCCCGAUCACAGCACAGAUGUAUGAAGACAUAGCACUGAUUAAGGAUCAUACUCUUGUGAAUUCUUUGAUUCGAGUGCUGCAGACCUUGCAGGAGUUCAACAUUACGCUGGAGGCAUCUCUUGUCAAAGGAAUUGAUAUAUGAUGUCUUGUCCCACAGGAAAAACUCUCUUUAAAAAAAAAAAGCAACAAGGAGUGAGUCUCGUUAGUAUGCAAAAGUUCUGUCUGCCAGUACGUUGUAUCGUGAACUUGCUCGUGGCCCUAAAAUGCAACUUUGACUUUUCUUGAAGGAAACUCCAAAUAUAGUACAGGCAAAUGGAUAGAAGCUGUAAACUCAAUGUAAAAAAGAGGAUUUUGGUAUAAAUCUAUUUUAGAGUUUAUUUGCUGAUUUGCUUUUUACACACUUUCAUGUGAAAGAGAUAGAGAUGAGUAUUGUGCAGCUUAUUUUAAAGCUGCAGUAUUUCCUUGCCAUAGAAAAUGUGCAGUGAGCCUUUCAGCAUUCUGUGAACUUGCCUUCAGAUAUGCUGUAUGUCAUAGACCCCAAUGUAUACACUCCAUUUCUGCUGAGAAGGUCAUUCUAUAGUUUUUAAACUAAUAUUUUAUAUAUUAACAUUAUUACCAAUGUUUGAUUUUUAACGUAUCGAUUCAUGUUCUGCUGCAAGGGAACUACAAAUCUGAUGUGUGCUUUUUUUUAAUAGCUCUAAAGCACUGAUUUGUCAACAAACCAUUUUUUCCUUUAUUUUUGUUGUCAGUAUUAUUUUUAGUGAAAUCCAGGAGACUGAACCAUGAAAUGUGCAGAGAUCAAAGUAAUAUUUUUCAUAUUGGUACGUAAUUGCACAGAAGAAAUUAAGCGUGUUUUUUAACUGAUGUUUUUUAUUUAUUUAACCUAUCGUUGUGUUUUGUAAGUUUGUCUUUAAAAAAAAAAAUCUUCUAUGAUACAACUGGCUAUAUUGUGUUGCAGUGCAGAAUUUACAGUGCAGCCCACUUAAAUGAAAAACCUGGAAUAAUUGUUCAUAACACAAAAAGGUUUCCACUUGAACCAGCCUUUUGAAGUUUGGUAUAUGGUUGCUGCUGGUAAUUCUCUUAACUGCUGAUAAAGAGGGACAUGAGUUCCCCUAAUGCUAGAUGACUAAAUAAAGAUGUUUAUGCUCCUAUGAAGUAAUAAUGGUAUACCUUACUAACAAAUAUAAGGAUUUCUUAAUUUUCUGAAAAGACAGUGAAUAGUAAGGUUGGGUUUUUUUCCUUUUGAAUGAAUACAUCUUGGGUCCUGUUGUCACAGUCUGCUUCAUUUGGGAUGCUUUUGGUUUUAGCAGAGAAAGCUUUAGUCCACUUCUACAAUAAAACACAAACAUUUUGAAUCCUUAAUUUAUCGGAGAUCUGGAACUUGGCAAAUGCCUAAAGGCAUCUCUGUUUAUUUGAAGCCUCUGAUAAAAAUCUCUUUGAAAUGAAUGUGUGACUUAAGAACAGGCUGAUUUAUCAGCAUCACAAAUUACUGUACAGAAAUUCAGGGCUAUGUAUUUAAGAGGUCUCCACUGUAUAAAUUUAUCUCAGUAUUGUCUCUCUUUUGAGAAGCAGAGUCCAAGUUUUUUGGUUCAUACAAUGUUGUAGCACCUUUUCUUUACCUACAGCUUAGUCAAAUCUUGUGAUAGUUUUAUUUCCAUAAUUUAUAAGUAUAGCACAUGUAUUAAAUUUUUGACUAUUUUUACUUUUGUCCUAUUUAUUUCAUUAUUAAAUUGAGAAGUUCCUUUGUCACUACCUAUCAGAGCAAGAUUCUUUUUUAAUUUCACAGUAACGUUAGGACGUUUCAAGGACAAUGUCCAAGCCACUCCUCAUGCUGGGUGGGUGUGAAUUCUUUCACA